UUGGCUCCCGGAUCCAUGUGGCAGGAGGCGAUGAGGAGGAAGAGGUACCUCCUGGACCGGACAGGGGAGCCAGGAGGAACAGGAAGAGGGGACAGAGGAGGAGGAGGAGGUCAGGGAAGGCGGAACAAGUCCCCAGACUGGCUGUAUGAGUCGUAUUACUGUAUGAGCCAGCAGCACCCUCUCAUUGUGUUUCUACUGCUCAUAGUGAUGGGAGCCUGCCUGGCUCUGCUGGCUGUUUUCUUUGCUUCAGGACUGACCAUUGAAGACCACGUGGCCUUUGUAAUCACGGUGCCCACAGCACUAGCCAUCUUUCUGGCCAUAUUUGUGCUAGUUUGCAUCGAGUCCAUUUUCAAGAAGCUCCUGCGCAUCUUCUCGCUGGUCAUCUGGGCCUGCUUGGUUGCAAUGGGUUACCUUUUUAUGUUUUUUGGUGGGAUCAUCUGUCCAUGGGAUCAGGUGUCAUUCUUUCUGUUCAUUGUGUUUGUGGUUUACACCAUGUUGCCCUUCUCUAUGCGGGAUGCCAUCAUUGCCAGUGUCCUGACCUCCUCCUCUCACACCGUUGUGCUGAGUGUCUGCCUGUCCACUGCAGCCCAUCACAUCGAACCAGUUGUAUGGCAGAUUUUGGCCAAUAUUAUUAUUUUCAUCUGUGGCAACAUGGCGGGGGCAUACCACAAACAUCUGAUGGAGCUGGCACUGAAACAGACCUACCAGGACACAUGCAACUGCAUUAAAUCUCCCAUCAAACUUGAGUUUGAGAAGCGCCAACAGGAGCGUCUGCUGUUGUCCCUGCUGCCAGCUCACAUUGCUCGUGUGAUGAAGGCUGAGAUCAUCCAGAGACUGCAGGGUCCAAAUUUUGGCCAGAUUGAGAACACAAACAACUUUCACAACCUCUAUGUCCAAAGACACACCAAUGUCAGUAUACUGUAUGCUGAUAUAGUAGGAUUCACGCGACUGGCCAGUGACUGCUCACCUGGAGAGCUAGUGCACAUGCUGAAUGAGCUGUUUGGCAAAUUCGAUCAAAUUGCCAAGGAAAAUGAAUGUAUGCGAAUAAAAAUCCUUGGGGAUUGUUACUAUUGUGUGUCCGGUCUGCCCGAGUCAUUGCCCAACCAUGCUAAGAACUGUGUCAAGAUGGGCCUGGAUAUGUGCGAGGCCAUCAAGAAAGUACGAGAUGCCACCGGAGUAGACAUCAACAUGCGUGUUGGAGUGCAUUCUGGGAAUGUCCUGUGCGGCGUGAUUGGCCUUCAGAAAUGGCAAUAUGAUGUCUGGUCACAUGAUGUCACACUCGCCAAUCACAUGGAGGCAGGUGGUGUACCAGGGCGAGUCCACAUCACAUCUGUAACACUGGAUAACUUGGAUGGUGCCUAUAAGGUGGAGGAUGGGGAUGGACAAGAAAGAGACCCCUACCUGAAGGAGCAUGGAGUCACUACCUACCUAGUCAUCAAUCCAAAGGUGGAGCGUCGCAGCCCACAGUACCACUACCGGCCCAGACACACCAUAGAUGGGGCAAAAAUGAGGGCCUCAGUCAGAAUGACCCGGUACCUGGAGUCCUGGGGAGCUGCCAAGCCCUUUGCCAACUUGCACCACCGAGACAGCAUGACCAACGAGAAUGGAAAGAUCAACACAGCUGAUGUGCCAAUGGGGCAGUAUCACUUCCAGAGGAGAUCAGAGAGAACAAAGUCUCAGAAGAAACGGUUUGAAGAGGAACUUAAUGAAAGGAUGAUCCGGACAUUUGAUGGGAUAAAUUCUCAAAAACAGUGGCUGAAGUCCGAGGACAUUCAGAGAAUAUCAUUAUUCUUUCACAACAAAUCCUUAGAGAAGGAGUACAGGGCAACAACCUUGCCAGCCUUUAAAUAUUACAUCACCUGCGCCUGUCUGAUCUUUUUUUGCAUAUUCAUUGUGCAGAUUUUGGUCCUGCCAAAAACGGCAGUCUUGGGAAUAUCAUUUGGAAUGUCUUUCCUUGCUCUUUCACUGAUCCUUUUCAUAUGUUUCAUCGGACACUUCCUGCAUUGCCGCAAAAGCACCUCUACUUCUUGGAUGUGGCUGCUGAGGUCAUCAGGCAUCAUCGCCAACAAGCCGUGGCCCCGCAUCACUCUCACCAUGACGACUACGGCCUUGAUACUCGUCAUGGCAGUCUUCAACAUGUUCUUUUUGGAAGACAAUGUAUUGGUCCCAGUUCCUGUCCAUAAUGCAUCCAAUGAGACGCUGUUUUACCCUAAUGGGCAACCAAUCACAUUCAGUGACAAAAACAAUUUCUACCUGCCCUACUUCAUUUACAGUUGCAUUCUGGGUCUGAUAUCUUGCUCAGUGUUCCUGAGGAUAAACUAUGAACUGAAGAUGAUGAUUAUGCUGACAGCUGUGGUGGUUUACAACAUCAUUAUACUACAGACUCAUGCAUCCCUGCUGGAUGAAUACAGCAGAUUCCUUUACAAGACUGAAAUCCUCGACAGGCCAGGAGUUCUCAAAGACCUGAAGACAAUGGGCUCCAUCUCUCUCUUCAUCUUCUUUGUCACUCUGCUUGUGCUUGCCAGACAGAAUGAAUAUUACUGUAGGUUAGACUUCCUGUGGAAGAACAAGUUUAAGAGGGAGUGCGAGGAGAUCGAGACCAUGGAAAAUCUCAACCGGGUUCUGCUGGAGAACGUCCUGCCCGCUCACGUUGCCGAACACUUCCUGGCCCGUAACUGGAAGAAUGAGGUGAGGCGCUCGGUGGUUGUUAAUUUGGUGACGUCCCCUGUUCCUUGUGUCUUGCAGGAUCUGUACCACCAGUCCUAUGACCUGGUGUGCGUCAUGUUCGCCUCCAUCCCAGACUUUAAAGAGUUCUACACCGAGUCUGACGUUAACAAGGAGGGCUUAGAGUGCCUCCGGCUCCUCAACGAAAUCAUCGCUGAUUUUGAUGAGCUGCUUUCCAAGCCUAAGUUCAGUGGGGUGGAAAAGAUCAAGACCAUCGGCAGCACUUACAUGGCUGCCACUGGACUGAAUGCAUCACCUGGUCCAGAGUACACAAUACAGGAGCAUGACAGACAGUACAUGCAUAUAGGAACCAUGGUGGAGUUUGCCUUUGCCUUGGUGGGGAAGCUGGAUGUUAUCAACAAGCAUUCCUUCAAUGACUUCAGACUCAGAGUUGGUAUCAAUCAUGGGCCGGUGAUAGCCGGAGUAAUUGGAGCCCAGAAACCGCAGUAUGAUAUCUGGGGAAACACAGUGAAUGUAGCCAGCAGAAUGGAUAGCACCGGAGUCCUGGGGAAAAUACAGGUGACGGAGGAGACAAGUCGAGUCCUUCUGACCCUGGGCUACAUGUGCUCCUGCCGCGGCAUCAUCAAUGUCAAGGGCAAAGGGGAGCUCAAGACUUAUUUUGUACACACAGAGAUGAGCCGCUCACUGUCCCAGGGGAACGUAAUGCCUUGA